AUGAGUCUGUGCAUCUUUGGCAAUGGACUGCUUGACACACACGAGCCUAAGCUAGUUCUCAUAAAUCUUGACUGGCAAAACAAGGACAAGCAACUUCCAAAACAGUUUGUUGUUAAGACUCUCGAUGAUUCGAUGGUUGAGCUUCGAAAAGUUGGCGGCGGUAAAUUAUGUGAGAAGGUUGACGAAGUCGAGGAAAUUAUAGAAGAUGUUUUGGAUCCUGUCAAAAUUGACCAGUUAGCUGAAGAAUUACGUAAGGAUUUAUGCAUUGUGAGCUGUAAGUUGCUAAUAUAACA